AUGGCUGCAGAAUCCAAACUAGGAGAUAACACAAUAUGGCACACGUUUACAAGAUAUAUCCCAGAAUGUUUUGUUAGCGACUAUUCCAAACUGGAGAAAGGCUUGAAGGAAUUCUUCCCUGGCGGAAUUGAUGUCACAUUUGAGAAGGAAACCGCAGAUCAUGUAGCACAUUACAAGGUUAUCGGGCUCCGAGACAGUCUCGAUAACAUCAACCUACAGAAAUUCCUCACGGACGGUGAAUAUGUUUUACGGGAUUGA